UGAAGAGGUCUUCCACUCACUAGGGAUCACCUGGGCUCAGCUUCCUCUCUACCAUUUAGUUUUUAUCUCUCUUCUUGCAGGGAAGAAGAGAAGCACUUCUCUUUCUCUGUGCUUGUUUCUACUUUCAAACUACAAAUCUGAGCUGUUCCAUGUCUGGUCUGCAAGAAGAGAAAGAAAAGGGCAGAGGUAUCAGAGAGAUAAGAUCGUUAGAUUCUUCUACAUCCAUAAUGCAGGGUGUACACACUUCAACGGACAUGGCCUAUACUAAUCCAGUGAAGGUACUGGAGCACUGCUAUAUCUCUCCACCACCAGGAUCUCUCAGUAACAAGAACCUUCCCCUCACGUUCUUCGACCUAAUCUGGUUGCCACCCUAUCCCCUUGUGAAGGUCCUUUUCUUUUAUGAAUAUUCUUACUCUAUGCACCACUUCAAAAAUACCAUAUUUCCCGACCUUAAACACUCACUUUCCCUCACACUCCAACACUUCUAUCCACUCGCUGGGCAUCUAGUGUGGCCUCAAAAAUUAUCCGAGCCUGAGAUCUGCUAUGUUGAUGGAGAUUCGGUCUCCCUAACCUUGGCAGAAUCAGAUGGCGAUUUUCAACAUCUCUCGGGCAACCAUGAAAGAGAUGUCAAUCAUUUCCACUGUCUUGUCCCUAAGCUUACCCUGUUAUCCAUGACUGAUCCUGACUUUUCAAUUGCACUAUUGGCCUUGCAAGUAACCGUGUUUCCAAACUCUGGCAUUUGCAUCGGAUUAACUGCUAGUCAUGUAGCCCUUGACGGUAGGACCCUUGUCCACUUCAUGAAGUCAUGGGCAUCAAUAUCUAGAACAGGAGUUGCUUCUUUGUCACUAGACUCUCUGCCAUUCCAUGACAGGAAUGUAAUAAAUGGUCGGAAGGAGCUAAAGACAAUCUACUUGCAUGAAAUAAAAAAACUCAGAGAAACCAUUGAACAGAAGAGCUCUAAGGUUUCAGACAACCAUAUAGUUCAAUCUGACAUAGUUCAAGCAACAUUUGUUGUGAAUCAAAAUGAUGUCGAGAGACUGAAGCAAUGGAUCUUGGCUAUGCGAAAGAAGGAUGAGGAUCAGACUUCAAUCACCGCAUCCCAUCUAUCAACAUACACUAUAAUUUGUGCCCACACAUGGGUUUGCUCAAUUAAAUCAAGAUCAAUGGAUGUUUCAGCUGCUAAGAGUUUAGAUAUGGAAAUAUUCGUGGUUGUUAUGGACUGCCGCAUUAGAGAUCGCCUGGAUCCUCCUAUUCCAGAAACAUAUUUUGGAAAUUGCUUGACAGGUUGUGUUGCAACAGUGAAAAGGAGUGACUUAAUGGGAGAAUAUGGGAUCAGCAUAGCAGCAGAAGCAAUCACAAAGGCAAUAAAUAAGAGAUUGGAUGAUGGAGUGUUGAAAGGGGCAGAAAACUUGUUGUCUGAGAUGACUGCAACGAUAGCCAAGCAGCCUUUUGCAGUGGCAGGGUCACCUAGGUAUAGAAUAUAUGACACAGAUUUUGGGUGGGGAAGGCCAAAGAAGUAUGAAUCACUCUCAGUUGGUGGGAGAAAUAUCUCUCUUUAUGACUGCAAAAAUGGAGAAGGCAGCCUGGAAGUUGGGGUGGCUUUCCCUAAGCUCCAAAUGGACUAUUUUUCCUCUCUCUUUUACAGAUUUCGCUCUGAUGCUGGCUGAGAGAUUGUUAUGUUCUAAAUAAAGGACUACAUUCAUUUCCGAUGGGACUUCCUGAUGGCAUGUUUAGCCAAAUUAAUAAUGUUACACAUGAAAAAUAAACCUGAUUCACAGUUUGUAUCUUUAUUGCUUGCGAGCCUGAAAACAUCUUAAAAGAUUCCAACUAAAAUUUCCCA